AUGCAGUAUUUCAGCUUUCCACACCCAUACUGGUGCAGGCAGUUUGGUUGAAGAAGGCGACUUUGUCUAGAAGUGUGGAUAAGAGGGAAAACGGUAGAGAAGGUCUCCACCCCGAUGGAGGUAAGAAAUACAUCCUUGAAGAAGCACUCAGAUGAGACGUUGACCUCAUCAAGACUUAGAAAGCAGAUACUGAGGGUAGCUUGAUUUACCUAA